AUGAGGCCUUGCCGAGGGAUGCUUGCGCCCGUAAGGCUACAGACACCUUGCGGAGAAACAAUUUAUGCCCAGGCCGUGGAAGCACUUCAACACCGAGGAGGAGUUCCGCGCAUUCUUCGGGAAUGCGGAUGCCAGCCAGAGCUGCUUGGCAGAGGCGGUGGCGCAAAUCUCGAGCGCGAUCGCGUGAGGCAAGGCGCUCCAGGUAAGAAGGACAUUAAUGGACUUUGCCUUCUGCCACGAGCGGCCGAUGUGGGCUGGUCCUUGCGGCCGAUGGCAGACUUGCUGAACGUCAAGGAGGCUCCGGCCUGGUCGUUGCAGAAUGCCCUGGUGCUUCUGGCCAAGCAUCGGCCUGGCCGACGGUGUCCUGGCCUUCCGCGCCGAAACUUUGGGGGUGAAGCUCUGCCGGAUGCGGUCGCGGGUAUUUGUUCAUGCCCAUCGCUCUGGCCUCCUGUGGGGUAG